AAUUUUCACAUUCCCGCCAUCAUCGGCUGCUCGUGGGACUCGAGCGCAGAUAACAUCAUCAUAGCCGGCAAAACUCACACACUGACAGUGAGCCACAUUGAGAGGAUAUAUUCAUUCUCCAUCGCUUUCUUUAAGGAAUUACCCUCCCGCAGGGCUUUUGUUGAAGAUCACUGGCUGCAUCUGCUCGCCCAGAGCCAGAGUUUGAGCGCCUCUCGCACUCAUGGCUGUCGCAGUGCCCAAGCUGACCAGCGGCGGCGCUGUCCGCAUCCGCAUCAGAUGUGGCGAGCUGGGGACCACCAAAUGGAGAGAGGGUGUCUUUGAAAUCCACGAGAGAGACAACAAAAUAAACCUGAUAGUGAAGUUCAACAGCGGCGGUGCUCCGAGGAUGUUUCAGCUGAAUCACAAUGUAAAGCAGGUAUCAUGGUAUCAAAUGCAAGGCCCAAACCGUGUGACUUUGACUCUGAAAGAUUCAAGCGUUGUCAUGAUGGACAAACUGACCAUGAUGGUUGCAAAAAAAAUGAAGGAUUACCUUGAAAAAGUCAGGCUCGGUAAACCAGCAGUUUUAAAGACAAACCAGGGAAGUGCCAGUUUUGGAUUAGUUCUUGGGAAUCGCGCAGCACAGAACGACUCUGGCCUUUCUCCAUCAGAUAAACAGACCACACCGAGACGUCCCAGUCUUGACAGCAGAGAGGACAGCACACCCCGAAAGCCUCUCGGGAGUCCCAGUCGGGUCACGUCCACACCCGGCCGCAACGGGCUUUCUGAGAACAGGAGUGAGAAGAGGAAGAGGCUGAUGAACUCUGAUGGUGAUCUGACUGAGGACUAUCCCAAAGAGAACGACUCUUCCAGCAACAAUAAGGCCAUCACAGACUCCUCCAGAAAGUUUCUGCUCAGCUGCAAAGAGAAGCUCAAGCAGUCGGAGGAGAACAGAGCGUCUGCUCCACACACUCCUGCUCCUCUCCAGCCAACAUCCUUUUAUGGGAGCAGAACAGGAAGUAAAGACUACACACAAACCCAUUCAUUUCUGGACAGGCCCAGCAGUACAGGCCAGUGUCCGUCUGCCAAAAGAAGCCUAAUGUUACCCAAUCACUCAACUCCCUUUAAAAAGGUACGCCCAACUUUGGACUACGGUGGCUGGAACAAACCAAGACCAUCUGCACUGGCCCAGCCUCAACCUCCACUGCAAGGAUUCUCUAAUCUUGGGAACACGUGUUAUAUGAAUGCCAUACUGCAGUCACUCUUCAGCCUGCCCUCGUUCUCAAACGACCUGUUGAAGCAGGGCAUCCAGUGGAAGAGGGUCCCCGUCAACGCCCUUCUGAAGCGUUUUGCUCAUCUGCUGGCUAAGAAAGACGUUUCUCCUCCAGAAGUGAAGAAAGAUCUUCUGCGGCGAGUGAAGAACGCCAUUUCCUCAACAGCUGAGCGUUUCUCUGGUUACAUGCAGAAUGAUGCCCAUGAGUUCCUGAGUCAGUGUCUGGACCAGCUGAAGGAGGAUGUGGAGAAGAUCAACAAAAGCUGGAAGAACGAGCCCUCGGCCUGGGACGAGCCACAGAGUGCGCGGUUAGCUGAGGAAGUGGACACCUCACGCAUCUACACCUGCCCUGUAACCGUCAACAUGGAGUUUGAAGUGCAGCACACCAUAACAUGUAAAAGCUGUGGAGAGGUGGUGACGAAGCGUGAGCAGUUCAAUGAUCUGUCCAUCGACCUUCCUCGCAGGAAGAAAACACUCCCUAUGAGAUCCAUACAGGAUUCUCUGGACCUCUUUUUCAGGAUGGAAGAGAUUGAGUAUUCCUGUGAAAAAUGCAGUGGAAAAGCAGCAACCGUCUCUCACAAAUUUAGCCGGCUUCCCAGGGUGCUCAUUCUUCACCUCAAACGCUACAGCUACAACACUCAGCUGUCUUUAAACAGCAAGCUGGGCCAACAAGUCCUGAUCCCCAAGUAUCUGACGCUGCUGUCCCACUGCACAGAGGUCACGCGCCCCCCUCUCAGCCUCGGCUGGAGCGCACAGACGGCCCUCUCCAGGACUCUGAAGACGUCGCAGUCCGUCAACUCUUCGACACUACGGAAAGGUUCUCAAAAGCCAGAGAGCUCGGGCAGUGUGUUGUGCGACUCUGAUAGCGAGGAGGAGCUCGUCAGAAAAGUUGCUCGCAGACAUCAUUCAGAAGAUGACAGGACAGAAGAGGUGCAGCACAAUGAACACUCCGAGUUUAACGCCAUCAAUGAUGAUGAGAUGCUGGCAGCUGUGCUGGAGAUGAGUCGACACGACACCAGUCUGUCCGGAUGCCCUGAUGACGAGCCGACCAGCAGCCCUGACACGGGGUUCGGAGAUGCUGACGGACAGGACCUGACUCAUCAUUUGGACCUGCUGGAUGGAGAUAAACAGCCUGCAGAUGCUCUGGAGUCUUUAGAUCUGACCAUGGAUGAGAACAAGGAGAACCAGACGCCUGAAGGAGUGCAGGGAGAGCUGGACUGGGUGCAGCAGUACAGUCUAGAGCAGGAGCGAGAGGAGCAGGAGCUGCAGCAGGCCCUCGCACAGAGCCUGCAGGAACACGAGGCGAGAGAGAUGCGAGAAGAUGAUGAUCUGAAGAGAGCCACCGAGCUCAGCCUGCAAGAGUUCAAUAACUCUCUGCCCGAGCUGCUGUGCUCUGAUGACGACUCUGGCAAUGAAGAUGGUCUGGAUAUGGAGUACAGUGAGGCUGAAGCUGAAGAGCUCAAGAAGAACGCUGAGACUGGAGAGCUUCCCAACUCUUUCAGACUCAUCAGUGUGGUCAGUCACAUCGGCAGCAGCUCUUCAUCGGGGCAUUACAUAAGUGAUGUGUACGACAUGAAGAAACAGUCGUGGCUCACGUACAACGAUCUGGACGUCUCGCGCACACAGGAGUCCACCGUUCAGAGGGAUCGUGACCGGAGCGGAUACAUCUUUUUCUACAUGCACAAAGACGUGUUUGAGGAGCUGUCCGAGCUGGAGAAGGCAGGAGGGAACGGUGAGGCCGGACGCACGGUGCUGCAGCCGCUAUAAACGCUUCAACCUCCCAUCAUCCACGUGGAUCCUUCUGCCUACGAUCGCUGAGCUGAGCCGAGGGUAAAGCUACACCCUUCAUCAGAGCUACUGAAGACCGUCCACACACACACAAACCCCUUCUUAGGGCACUUCUCUCUUUCCCAUUUCUCCCUGUGAACUACUGUAGACUUGCAGUUAGAUGGGUAAACGUUCUAGAAACUCGUAUAGGUGCGAAAUGUUUAUGGGGAACAGCAAAGAAAAAUAAAUAUAGAAUAAAUAUAGAAAGCAUUUUGAGUUUCACAAAAGGUGUAGCUUCAACAUCAAAGAAGUUGCCUCUUAAUUUUCUUUUUCUUUUGUUUGCCUUUAAUAUGAGAAGUCCCUUUGGUAAACUUUUAUGCAUUAAAUAUUUGAAAUCAGCUUGUUUCUCUAUGAAAUCUUUUGUUUCCCUUCUUCUUUCCCCUCUGCAAAUUUUAGAUUUCCUUCCUGAUCUAUUGCAUACAAAACUUUAUUCUUGUAUAUGUUUGGGUGGAAUAUUGAAUACGGGGUGUCUGUUUCUCGUUUGAUAUGCAGCUGAAAAUGUGGUGCAAUAUUUGCUUUUGCCAGUUGGCUUUUAUAUGACCUACAGCGAUGAGAGAGACUUGGAAUAGAAGCGGUUUAUAUAUUCGAGGCUUUACUGAUGACUGUUCGUUGUUUUAUUCUUCUUUUAUAAAUGUUAAUCUAACAAGCUCAGUGGUAUUGAUGUAGCUUGUCUUUUUUUAAAGAUCGCCUCUCCGACACCUACAGACCUAGUGAAGCCUUUAGUUUUCCUUCUGUAUAGAGCUUUACGUUGUGACGUUGCACAGCCGUCGUGUUGAAUGUGUGUCUUCAGAAAGAAGAAACGUUCAUACGCCUUUACUGGAUAUAGAAAGCAUCCAAUGUGACUGUGCUUCAUAUGAAGUCAGCUGAUGUUAUUUAUUUUAGGAUGUUUGUAAGUCACUGUCUGAUUUAUGCUGUACUGUCAAUCUUGUUUUCAUGUCUUCGGUAACCACUUUAUUCAUGUCUUCUGUUCUGGUCGUCUGAGUAGGUUCAUGGAAGAGGGGCUGGUUUGGAGAUUGUGUUUCUCAAACAGUGCUAUAAGCUCUACUUGAUUGCUUAGUAUUCAGUCUUUGACUUCCUUAAACACAUUUUAAAAUAAAAAUUAUUUAGAAAAAAAAAAAAA